GAUGACUCAGAUGCCUUGAUGAUGAAUUGAUUACUAAACCCACUACUUCAAAUGUAGGGAAGAAGCCUGAUGGUGUGGGCAGUAUGGACCUAAUGAACGGGCAGCCCAGCAGUGUUAAUAUUGCAGCUACUACUUCAGAGAAGAGUAGCAGCUCUGAGUCAUUGAGUGACAAAGGUUCUGCUGAACUGAAGAAAAGUUUUGAUGCAGUAGUAUUUGAUGUUUUAAAGGUUACACCAGAAGAAUAUGCAGGCCAGAUAACACUAAUGGAUAUUCCUGUAUUUAAAGCAAUUCAACCAGAGGAGCUGUCAAGCUGUGGUUGGAAUAAAAAGGAGAAAUACAGCUCUGCUCCCAAUGCAGUUGCCUUUACAAGAAGAUUCAACCAUGUAAGCUUUUGGGUCGUUAGGGAGAUUCUUCAUGCGCAGACAUUAAAAAUAAGAGCUGAGGUUCUGAGCCACUACAUUAAAACUGCUAAAAAACUGUAUGAGCUGAAUAACCUACAUGCCCUUAUGGCUGUGGUAUCUGGAUUGCAAAGUGCCCCCAUCUUCAGGUUAACUAAAACAUGGGCGUUACUGAGCCGAAAGGACAAAACUACCUUUGAAAAGUUGGAGUACGUAAUGAGUAAAGAAGACAAUUAUAAACGGCUUAGAAACUAUAUUAGCAGCUUGAAGAUGACUCCUUGUAUUCCUUAUUUAGGUAUUUAUCUCUCAGACUUGACAUAUAUCGACUCGGCAUACCCAUCCACAGGAAGUAUUCUGGAAAAUGAGCAGAGAUCAAACUUAAUGAAUAAUAUACUUAGAAUAAUUUCGGACUUACAACAGUCUUGUGAAUAUGAUAUCCCUGUGCUGCCUCAUGUUCAAAAAUACCUGAAUUCUGUUCAGUAUAUAGAAGAGCUUCAAAAGUUUGUGGAAGAUGACAACUAUAAGCUUUCAUUGAAGAUAGAGCCUGGGACCAGUACUCCCCGUUCUGCUGCAUCUCGUGAAGAUUUAGUAGGCCCUGAAGUUGGAGCUUCUCCACAAAGUAUACGAAAAAAUGCUGCAGCUGAAGGACCAUUGCUACCGCCAACUCCUCCCUCCCCUAGGAACCUGAUGCCACACGGGCAUAGAAAAUGUCAUAGUUUAGGAUACAAUUUUAUUCAUAAGAUGAACACAGUAGAGUUUAAAAGUGCAACAUUCCCCAAUGCAGGACCAAGGCAUCUACUAGACGACAGUGUCAUGGAGCCACAUGCCCCGUCUCGGGCACAGGCAGAGAGCUCCACUCUUUCCAGUGGAAUUUCAAUAGGUAGCAGUGAUGGAUCAGAACUCAGCGAAGAGACUUCAUGGCCAGCAUUUGAAAGGAACAGAUUAUACCAUUCUCUUGGUCCGGUGACAAGAAUGGCACGAAAUGGUUAUCGAGGCCACAUGAAGGGCAGCAGUUCUGCAGAGUCUGAAGACUUAGCUGUUCAUUUGUAUCCGGGAGCUGUAACUAUUCAAGGCGUUCUCAGGAGGAAGACUUUAUUGAAAGAAGGCAAAAAGCCAACAGUAGCAUCUUGGACAAAAUACUGGGCCGCGCUGUGUGGAACUCAGCUUUUCUACUAUGCAGCAAAGUCUUUGAAAGCGACAGAGCGAAAACAUUUCAAAUCUACACCAGCUAAGAAUGUGUCAGUAGUAGGAUGGAUGGUUAUGAUGGCUGAUGACCCAGAACAUCCCGAUCUCUUCCUGCUUACAGAUUCUGAGAGAGGAAACUCAUACAAGUUUCAGGCUGGUAACAGAAUGAAUGCAAUGCUGUGGUUCAAACAUCUGAGUGCUGCCUGCCAAAGUAACAGGCAACAGGUUCCUGCCAACUUGAUGACGUUUGAAUGAGAAGCUUCUUUAAAAUGGGAACAAGAUGACAUUUUUGAAUGCUGUAAAAGGUUAAGAAGGGAAGCCCUGGAGAGGGCAAGCCAGCUAAACUUCUGUGCCAGAACAAAGCCGGUAAACGGAGUUUCAAAGCUUUGAAGUACUGAACAAACAAAAAAGCACUAAGAGUUCAGGGGAUGGAGUUGCAACAUGAACUGCCACAGACCAUGCUGCUUCUGCUGCUGCAGAUUCUCUGAACUGACCUGUGGAUACCACUGCCUUAAAGAAUGAAAGGAAAACCAACACGAAACACCAAAUCGUGUGUGUGAAAUGUCUGGCGGUGCUGUGCUUAGGUUAAAUAGGUUAUCGCUUAUUUGCAUUUGUGUUAGUUUUGC